AAAUUUAUAAUCGAAUUAUAUUAAAAUUAGGCAGGAAAGAAGAGAAAACUUUCCCUAGAAGUGGUGAAUUGCAAUCCUCCGUCCAAAAAGCAGAAACUGAUGGGAAAACAUCCGUGUAAAGUACCAAAUAAGAAAAGAAAGUACAAGAAGAAAACAACGGUGGCCCAAAAAAAAAGAAGUUCAGUAAAAAGAACAAACCGAAGAAAGGUAAAGAAUAAAAAUAACUUAAAGAAAUUGCGUAUAACAUCGAACAACAAACGUAACAUCCGCCGGAACCAAGUUAAACCGAAGAAGUCGUUACGUCGGAUGUGCCAGAAACAUUGGGCAAAAUCCAAAAAUUGCUUUCCUCCAAGUUCUUCUCCUUCAAUCUUGCAAAAUCCUUCUUUGCGCAGAGAACUUUGCAGAAAGAUCUUCAAGGCGGUGUUAAUAGCUGCAGUCUGCAUGAUUCUGUAGAAUAAAAAUCUGAAUACCAUUUGAAGAAAGAUAC